GUUUUUAAAAACUUCGAAUUUCUUUAUGCGUUGUUGUAAUCUGAAAAGUAUUCUCUAGAUAGCUUAUUCGGUAUAAACAACUUGCUGAGAUAUAUUUAAUAUCAACUAUUAUAAUAUUUCAAGAAUCUAUAGUCAUUGACUCGUGUCUUUGUCUCAAAAAAGAAAAGAAAAAGACCUUGUAAAAGCCGCGGAUACUUUAUAAGAAAAAUAGACGACUAGUUCCCUAGCUGUUCCUUUUCGAAUACAUUUCACCGGUCGUUUAAUUGAUGCAUUCAUCAAAGUUAUUAAUUUCGACUUUGUUAAAUGUGAAUACCUCAGAAGCACGCCAAACCAGAAAUAUGUAUGGGUUCAACGAGUUUUACAUACACAUAAUCUGUAUUAUCAACAAACCAUUAAUUAUGGCUCUCUUCUUUUUGACUACUUUACAAGAGCGUUUCUUAUACGAACUACAUGAGCACAGAUUUCCCUUGCAAAUCGUGUGAAUAAAAGAAAAACAAGAAUACAGCUACACUCCCAGUUUCAAAAAUGCUGUAAUUUCCUUUGCUUACGAAUAGUUUCAUUGAAAGGGUAAAAGAACUCAGUGUACUCUGCAAGCAAUCCUUUCCUUGUUCCGUGCAUCCUUUGUGCCACUAGCUUAAAUUUAUUUUUUUAUAGUGCUUAAACUAGGAAGAAGUAUCAAGAUUUUUUUUUUGAAAUUGACAGAAAGGUAGCAUUUUUCACGAUGGUUUAUUCAGUGGCAUUCUGUGACAUCUCUAUUCUUUCCUUACCACCAAAAAUUGC